CCUUUUUGGUAGGGAGAUGAGGUCCUUCUUGGUUUUGAUCCUAAAUUAAAUUAUUUUGGGAGUGAGAAUGAACGAUCCAGGGGCCAUCAAACGAGCAUUGCGAUUAAAGCGUGCGCGGAUGCUUGUAUCUCAGGGUCGGUUUCAAAGAAACGGUGAUGCUUUGCCUGCCACGGCUUCAGUUCCGAUGACAGAAUCUGUUGCUGUGAUGCCGCCGCGGGGAGUAGGCGGUAAUUGUUUUCCAAACAAUGCUGCUUCUAUGAAUUCAGCUGAUAUUGGCCGCACUCGCGGUCGUGGUGAUGGUUCUCGUGGGCGUGGUCGAUUCGUCAGUGGGCUAGGGCGUGGUGCUGACCGUCGGGGUCGACCAGGCGCCGCUCGAACACCUCGGGUGGUUGUGCCUGUGGCGCCGAAGUCAUCGGUACGGUCACAGACGCUGAUGUUUGCGGAAUAUGGAGGAACCCCCCGGAAGAUCUGGCAGCCAAAGUCCGCACGGGCCCUAGAUAUGGAAACAUCACAACAGGGCCCUCUGCCGGCAGAGCCGGAUGCCCCUGUGAUGGCACUGCCUGGUGAUGAUGAUGUCGAGCGACCAACACUCCCGAUUCACAUGGUUGAUGUAUAUGACACGCUGGGCGAACUAGGUAAGGGCCAGUUUGGUGUGGUAUCGCAGGCAGUACGGCGCAAGGGUGGCGGGGGACGGGAGGUUGUGGCUAUUAAGAUGCUGAAGUUUGAUUUCGAAAAGGAAGGAUUUCCUCUGGAAGCAUUACGCGAAAUAACACUGCUUUCUUCAUUGCGGCACCCUAAUAUCGUGCGAAUGCACGCAGUGGCAUGUGAUUCAGGUGAAGCACCAAGCAAAUGGCACCUUGUGAUGGAGCCAGCAGGCCAUGAGUUGACUAAACUGGUAAAGGGAGCACGGCGGCGGCCCAUGACUGAGGCUCAAGUCAAACACCUCAUGCUCCAACUUCUGCGUGCGCUGGCCGCGCUCCACAGCGUUUGGGUUAUGCACCGCGAUCUGAAGACACCCAACGUUCUAGUUGAUGACAAGGGUGUACUGCGGCUUUGUGAUUUCGGCCUGGCCCGACGAGUUUGUUGCGGAUUGGAGCUUGAUGCGAUGCACAAUGUUGAUUUGUAUGCGACGCACACUCCAAAUGUCAUAUCUGGCCACUAUCGCCCCCCGGAAGUUCUUCUUGGCUGUCGCGACUAUGGUCGCUCGGUUGAUCUUUGGUCGGCCGGGUGUAUCUUUGGCGAGCUCCUUUCAAGGCAGAUUCUCUUUGCUGGCAAAGAUGAGCCAGAUCAGCUCCGCGUAAUUUUUUACCUUCUUGGUGAACCUUCUAGCACAGAAUGGCCUCUUUAUCCAGGCGGGACUGACCACCUCCGCCGUAAAUUUCCCGCAACUGGUUUCGAUGGAACACAUGCGCCUCUGAAUGCCAUGUCCCUUGUCACACCCCUCACUCACGUUACCACAAGCUUGAAUAAUUUGGGCUUCUCCCUCUUCUCCAGACUACUUGAGAAGUGCCCUGAACGUCGUGUCACAGCUGAAGAUGCAAAGCGUGACCGAUGGUUCACAUCACGGCCCUCUCCAGAGGCUCUUAGUAUCACUGACAUCAUGCCUCUUUUACAGCUUGCUAAGAUACAGGACGUAGCGGCCCAACAUGUUCCCCAGUUUGCACCAACAGGCUUUUCAAAUCAAGCACUCCCACCUCUCGUCAUGUUAGCUCAGGCGGCGGGGAAUGCUGCAGUCAGCCCCCUUCUGUCUCUGUCGCUAGGCUUAUCCCACGGCGCGCCUACUAACCAACAGACCACCACCCCAGUCCAUGGUUCGCAAACUGCAGCUGCUGCGCUUGCAGUUGCCCGUGCCCGCGCGCUCACGCUCGCAAACAACCCCUGAUCCGGCCGCCAGCCCACCCUGUCUAUUCUAGAACGGAGCCUUCAAGGUGGGCCCGGAAAGAACUGGUUUGAUAUUAUGUACACCAGCCAGUGUCAUGGGCCUUAUCCAGGUCUCCCGAGCCCGCGGGAAAUAUGACGCCAUCUAGUUGGGACCCCACCCGGGAGCCUGACGCCUGAAUAAAGCCCGAAGCCGCCGACCCC